AUGCCCCUCAUCUUGGACAAGGAGCCUACAGACGCUUUUGCAUUUUACAUCCUCGGAUUGUUCUUAUAUUGCGAGUGCUUUUCGUCCUACUUGGCUCCCGCCUUACAACAGCCGCCGACCGACGAGGCUGUUUUACGCGCCGCCGGGCGAGCACCCUUCAGCACCACAGUCCAUCCCGUCACCGGAGUCGCUACAACGCUGUGUCCCAUCCUCACCGAGAUCGGAUACUACUACCGUCGGGUAGUUGAGGGACAAGGCCACUCGUCUGAUCAUGAACGGCACUUGAGGCGACGACUCUUGGACUGGGAACCCCCAACGGGAAGCCCUGAUGAACCCCGGCUCCUUCAACUUGCGGAAGGCUACAGGGACAUCGGCGACAUCAUGUUGUAUCAGGCCCAGCGCAUCUCUACUCCGAUCGACCCCGUGGACGCUUCGAUCCUCAUGGAGAAGGGUCGGAACUCCCUGCAGCUUUCACGCAGCAGCGACUUCUAG